AUGAUUGCCUCAGGUUCAGUGCAACCUACCGAUGUUUCGACGGACGAUCCAGCUAAAGACCAGGAAAAUGUCAGCAAACCACUGCUGAAAAAUAUUGACGAAAUAUACAGUCUAGUGUUAAAACUUUUGAGGUUGUUCGGCUUGUACCUUGGAGAUACAAGUUUGAAACGAUUGGCUCAUACAUCUGGUCAUUACAGACAGCCAAGUAUUCUUGCGAUUAUUAACUGUUGUGUGAUGAUGGCUGGGUUUUGGAUUAAUGUUGUGAUGGCCAUUGUUGCUAUUUUUUAUGGAGAUGAUAUGUACAGGUUCAUCUUGUUCAGCUUAUGGUGCGUGUUAAUAGCACUCAACGCAACACUUUGUCUUUUUGUACUUUGUGUUCCCUUUAACGACACAAGAAAGUCCCGAUUUGGCUAUUUGCUGAUGAAGUUAUGUUCCAUGAACACCACUGUCAGUUUAGAAAAAGUAAAAACUAAGUCAACCAGAGGCAUCAUUGUGUUUGGAUUCGUCUCCAUUUUCUCCACAGCCGGCAUCUUGAUGACGUCUCUUCUGCUGAAAAUAAACGUGGCUUACAGUGAGCCUUGGAGUCAGUGGCUUGGAUUUGAAAUAGUUUCUGUAAUUUUCCUCAUUGUUGGUUGUGGACCGUGGUUCCUACCAGUUCUUUUUUACUGCAUCACUUGCUGUAUUCUAGAAGCAUUAUUAGAAGAUUUACACCAAAGAAUAUCGCCCCUGCGUCCAUUUACUUUGAAUCUAACAGCUUUUAGAAUGGAGCAUCGUAAGCUUUGUGAGGUGGUCGAGUUCGCGGACAAGAUGCUUCGCCUUCCUUUGUUUGGGAUGGUUUCUGUAUAUCUUCCUCUAAUUUGCUUUAACUUUUAUCUGGUGGUUAACUCAUCUCCAGGGCAUAAAUUUGUGUCUCAUAUCAGUACCCUCAUUUUUUUUCUGUUUGCUGUUUGUACCCUGGCAAUCAUCAUGGUGUUUGGGUCAAAGGUCAAUGAACAGGUAAAAUAAUUCAUGAUGGAGAUUUGCGAGUUUUAACCUGGAGUAAAGUUAGAGCAGUAGUAGUAGAACGUUUUUUUCUAAUUUUUGCAUAAAUUACCUGCGUCACAGCUUCACCCAAAAUUCACCACCAAAACUGCAUAUCAAUGUUUAUUCUAUGUCUAACCUUAAGACUUGAUCUCGAUCUUUUAUCAUUUCUCAUCUCUUUGUUUACCUAAUUUAUUCCAGAUUCACAGCUUUCAAAAGGACUUGGAGGCAUUUCCAAUUUCAAAAGACGAGGAAGUAAAGGUGAUUCAUACCUAAAAUAAUCAAUCACGAGUCGUUUUGCUGUCGGUGCGUCUCCCCUCAGCUAUCUGUCAGUCUCUCUGUACGCCCCUGCUUGCCUGUAGUUUCUAAACCGACCUGUUCAUCAUAGAUGUGAUCUAUGCAUGCCACAUAUAACAAAUAAUAGAGUAAGUAAAUUUGAUAAGUAAGGCAUGGAGCUUUCAAGUGAGGGUGUUAUUAAACUUUGGACAGUAGACGGCGGAACCUCCGGAACCUGAUAUUUGUGGUAAAGAAUAGUAAUGAAAUAAAAGAUAAAACUGAAAGGACCUUAACACUGUUUUAAGUUUUGUUUUCGGGUAUAAAGAUUACUAGAAAAGGAAAAUAUGUUUUAAAUGUCCUUGACGUCCAACUUUAACUGUGGCGGCAUUCACUAUACAAGGGUAUGUAAUGUCACAAGGUACAAUCAGCACUCACCUUCCCCCCGUGUGUUAAUAAUUGAACCAUAAUUUGAAAGAAGUUUGGGUACCGCGAUAUCGAGUAACACCUCCUUUACGCUGGAAUUGGCGGCCUUUAAUUGUUUUUCAUUGAACAUGACGCUGGAAUGAGAUCACGAUCGUAAAGUAACAUCAUCGCCUGAGAUGCAUUAUUAUCGCGAAACUUAUUGUCAUAUUGUUUUCUGUGUGUAUUUUUUACGAGUUAGUUACCUGUGAGUGUUUUUACGUUUCAUUAGUCGUAUCGUGUACUUGCGGUUGAUGUUUGUACCGUUGCGUGAUGUUACGUAAUUAUGUCGAGUAAUUUUUUCAGGUUUUGUGUAUAACUUUAGUCCUUUAGAUCAAUUUUUAUGUCCACUUUUUACGAAACAGCGUCUUUAUUUUUCGCCUGUUAAGCAAUGCACCGUUAAGGUAUAUAUUUUCCUCCUCGUGUUCAGUUAGUACCUAAACGUUUGGAUGUUUUCAAUCAAAUGAUGAACACAAUUACGCUUGACUUUGGUUAUAUGCCUGUAGAAAUUCGGGUUGUUCGGGGCGUCCGAACUCGCGAUUCACAGCGUUUUGUCUCCAGUGGAUUCGUUGGUUGGCGUUACUCACAGACACAUCUUGGAAAGAUUAUGUAGAGGACUAAGCAGAUAAACUAAAAACAAACCCUCAAUGCAAAAGAACAACUAUUUGAGUGAGGUGAAUUUAUCCUUAUUCAAAACUACUACAGAUAUUUUAAAGGUUGAGAUCGCGAAUGUUCAUUUUCAUUCAAAUCCUUAUAUUUCACCCAUUGCGCAACGCUAACAUAUUUGCAUAUUCACAGAGGCUCACUGUGUGAGCUUGGGUUUCCUGUGAGUUUCCUGUGGUUGACUAGAUUGAAAAAAAAAAAAUUCUCUUUCAACUUUAUCUUCUUUAUACCCGAAAACGAAAUUUCGAAAAGUGUUAAGGUAUUUUUAGUUUUUAUUUUAUUUCAUUAGUAUUAAUUUUUUUUUUUACAAAAAGCUAAUGGUUUCGCAGGUUCCGCUGGUUCCAGAGGUUCUAGAAGUUCGCAGUCUGCUGAUCCAUAGUUUAGUAACACCCUUAAAGUGACAAACUUUUGGACUUAUAUUUUAGUUGGUGAUGUUUAUGCUGGAACUUCAAGGCGAAUCAAAGGGUCUUUCUGUUGGCGGACUGGCAGUGAUCAACAAAUCAAUGUCUCUAACAGUAAGUUCUCUGCUCUACCUCACGUGACGGUUUCUUUUACUUGUGAAAUAAAAGCAGCUUACUCUUCUCACUGAAAAAAAAAACAGCUAAAAUAAGUUGUUAACAGCGAAUAAUGCAUUUACUUCCAUAACAUUUUGUCGUCUUCUGUUCUGAUCACAAGCUAUUUCUCGUUUUUUCUUUGCUUAUGGCAUGAUAUUUCUCGUUCCAGAUUGUCGGGGUAAUCAUUUCCUACUUUGCUGUUAUGCUGUCCCUGCCAAGGCGAUGA